ACCUUUCAUGCUUCUGCCACCGCUGAUGGAGUGGAUGAGAGUGGCCAUCACCUACGCUGAGCACCGGCGCAGUUUAACUGUGGACAGUGACGAUAUCAGACAGACAGCCAGACUGCUCUUACCUGGACUGGACUGUGAGCCCCGGCAGCUAAAACCCGAAUGCUGCUUUAGUUCCUUCCGGAGACUGGAUGCUAAGGCUGCUACUGAAAAAUUCCAACAGGAUCUGGGUUUCCGAAUGCUAAACUGUGGAAGGACAGAUCUGAUCAACCAAGCAAUCGAUGCACUGGGACCUGACGGGGUUAACACCAUGGACGAUCAGGGUAUGACCCCACUAAUGUACGCCUGUGCUGCUGGAGAUGAAGCCAUGGUCCAGAUGCUUAUAGAUGCUGGAGCAAAUUUAGAUAUACCAGUUCCCAGUACGUCUCCACGAUAUCCUUCAGUCCAUCCCGACAGCCGGCACUGGACCGCGCUUACCUUUGCUGUGUUACAUGGGCACAUCUCUGUUGUUCAGCUGCUCUUGGAUGCUGGUGCCCACGUUGAGGGCUCUGCCGUUAACAGUGGAGAAGACAACUACGCCGAGACUCCUCUUCAGCUGGCUUCAGCAGCAGGGAACUACGAGUUGGUCAGCUUACUGCUAAGCAGGGGUGCUGAUCCACUCCUCAGUAUGCUGGAAGUCAAUGGUAUGUCCUCAUCGCUUCAUGAAGAUAUGAAUUGCUUCAGUCACUCAGCUGCACAUGGGCACAGGAACGUUCUGCGCAAGCUCCUGACCCAGCCCCAGCAACUGAAGGGAGAUGUCCUCUCGCUGGAGGAGAUUUUGGCUGAGGGAGUGGAGAGCGACACCUCCAGCCAGGGCAGCUCCAGCGAGGGGCAAGUCAGGCUCUGUAAGACACGAACGAAAGCUCUGCAGGAGGCCAUGUAUUACAGUGCGGAGCACGGCUACGUAGACAUCACCAUGGAGCUCAGGGCACUUGGAGUCCCAUGGAAGCUCCAUGUGUGGAUCGAGUCACUGCGGACAACCUUCUACCAGUCUCGUUACUCAGUUGUACAGACCCUCUUACGCGAAUUUGUCACCAUUAAAGAAGAGGACUACAAUGAAGAACUGGUUAAUGAAGGGUUGCAGCUCAUGUUUGAUAUCCUCAAAACCAGCAAAAAUGAUUCUAUCAAUCAGCAGCUUGCCUCCAUCUUCACCCACUGCUAUGGCAGCAGUCCGAUACCCAGCAUUCCUGAAAUUCGAAAGACACUGCCGGCUCGGCUAGAUCCUCACUUUCUAAACAAUAAAGAAAUGUCUGACGUAACUUUCUUAGUCGAAGGAAAGCUAUUUUAUGCACACAAAGUCCUGCUGGUUACUGCAUCUAACAGGUUCAAGACGCUAAUGACCAAUAAAACAGAGCACGACAGCCACGGCAGCAAGACUGUUGAAAUCAGUGAUAUGAAAUACAAUAUUUUCAAGAUGCUGAUGCAGUAUUUAUACUAUGGAGGAACAGAAUCUAUGGAAAUUCCCACCACCGAUAUCUUGGAGCUGUUGUCGGCUGCCAGCCUGUUUCAACUGGAUGGCCUCCAGAGACACUGUGAAAUCCUCUGUGCCCAGACGAUCAGCCUGGAGAACUCCGUUAACAUCUAUAAAUAUGCAAAGAUUCACAACGCACCUGAACUAGCCUCUUUUUGUGAAGGCUUCUUCCUCAAACAUAUGAGCUCUCUUCUAGAGCAGGACUCAUUCAAACAGCUGAUCUACAGCAGGAACAGCAAAGUGCAAGGCCUGGACCCCCUGCGGGACUUGCAGACAGCCCUGGCCGGCCGCCUGCACUCUGUGUACGUCACCUCCAGGGUGUGA